AGGAGAGUAGUGAGUGAUGGGUGCGAGGGCGAGGACAGGAGGGAGAGGAGAGAGGGUGUAGAUGUAUGGGGAACUGCCGUCGACGCAUCGUGUGCGGCACUUGUGGGACGUAUGCACCACUGCUGUCGACGCAUGCACCACUUCCCUCGACGCAUGGCCAGCGUAAAGUACAGUGAGAAGCUUCAGGACCGGUCGCUGGUGCCCUCGCUUCAGGACCCCUCGCUUCAGGACCGCGUCGCUGGAGGCCUUCCUCGAACAUGCGUGGGACGUCCUCCAUCAGCCGCAUCUCCCUCCCUCCUCGCCACCACACCCUCCCAGACUCCCUCCCCGCCACUCACUCUCCCUCCGCUCACCCCUCCCUCUCAGAUCGGCCGGAGUCGAAGAGUCGGGUGCGGGGUGGAAGGAGGAAGGGCGCGUAUCCUCCCUUGCUCGAAGGGCGCGCAUGCGUAUCCUCCCUCGCUCGCAGGGCGUAUCCUACCUCGCUCGCUCGAAGGGGGUAGGGCGGAUCCUCCCUCGCUCUCAUCUCCGCCGAAUCGCUCGCUCGAAGGAAUGGCGCGCGUAUCCGCCCUCGCUCGAAGGGCGCGCGUAUCCUCCCUCGCUCGCUCUCAGGCCGGGCGUAUCCUUUCGCUCGCUCUCGAAGGGGGUAGGCGUAUCCUCCCUCGCUCGAAGGGCGUGCGUAUCCGCCCUCGCUCGAAGGGCGCGCGUAUCCUCCCUCGCUCGAUGGAGGCGUGCGUAUCCUUCCUCGCUCGAAGGGCGGGCGGGCGUAUCCUUCCUCAUGUCGGGCGGAGCAAGGGACGGGGGCGUGCGAGUGAGCGCGUGAUGGAGGGCGUAUCCUGCUCCUUCUCGCAGGAGGGCGUAUUCUCCCUCGCUCGAAGGGGGGGGAGGGCGUAUCCUCCCUCGCUCUCAGGCCGGGCGUAUCCCUCCUCGCUCGAAGGGCGCGUGCGUAUCCCUCCUCGCUCGAAGGGCGCGUGCGUAUCCGCACGAAGGGCGGCCGCAUCCGCUUGCUCGAAGGGGGAAGGGCAGGCGUAUCCGGUCGCUCGAAGGGCGGGUCCGCCCUCUCUCGAAGGAGGAGGGCGUAUCCGCCCGCACUCGCUCGAUGGAUCGGGCGCACCCGCACUCUCCCUUGAAGGGAGGGCGCGUAUCCGCGCGUAUCCGCUCUCGCUCGAAGGGGCGCGCGGAUCCGCUCCCUCCUUCGCUCAAGGGCGCGCGUACCCGGUCCCUCGCUCGAAGGGCGGGUCCGUGCUCUCGAAGGGAGGUCGUGCGUAUCCUCCCUCAUGUUGGGCGUAUCCUUCCUCCCUCGCUCGAAGGAGGGCGUAUCCGCUCGCUCUCUAAGGGGGGAAGGGCGUAUGCUCCGCUCGCUCUCAAGGGGCAGGGCGCGCGUAUCCUCUCUCCCUCCCUCGAGAAGGGUUAGAGGGCGUAUCCUCCCUCGCCAGCUCGAAGGGUGUAUCCGCUCUCAUGUCGGGCGGGCGUAGCCGCUCCCUUGAGAAGGGCUGGGCGUAUCCACCCUCGCUCGAAGGAGGGCA